UCAUCUCCAAUUCCCAACCUACCCAUCAUCUUCAUCCCUGUUCUAUGAAUAGUGAACUCAAAGUCCUCUGCAACUCCUCUUCCUCCAUUUCUCUUCAAAUUCCUCUCUCUCUCUCUUAACCACUGAAACUCUAACUUCUCUGCUUCUCUCUCUCUACUCCUCUUCCUUCACCAGACGUUUCUUUCCGCGGAGGAGCCGCCAUUUCAGAGCUUUAAGUUGUAAGGAGGAAUAUCAAAGAGAAUGAACAGGUGGGUUUACGAGCAGAACGCCAUGGCUGCCUGCCAAGAGAUGAGGAUGGAAUCUGUGGUUUGUCCUAAGCCACGCCGCUUGGUUCUUCAAACCCUUCCUGAUAAUGACCCCAUCACUGCCCAUAGAUGGCCCAUCGGCCAUGCCAAGACUGGAAAUUCUAAAGCAGGAGCUGAAUUUCUUGAUAUGAUCCUCGCUAAGGAAAGUUUUGGUGAAAAUUUAAGCCACCAAUUGGCAACAUCUCCCCCAUUCUUUUGGGGGUCUCCACCAAGUAGGACUUCCAACCCUUUAGUCCAAGAUGAGCAAUUUGGUAAUGGUAACAAUAUCUACCAACUUUGUGAAGAACCCCCAUCUCCAUCAACCCAUAAAGGUGGAUGCACCCGUAUGAAAUUUGGGCAUCGACCUGCAGCAGUCCGAAUCGAAGGAUUCGACUGUCUCGACCGCGAUGCCCGAAAUUGCAGCAUUUCUGUUGUGGCUUAACCAAAAGGGAGGCAGCCUAGGUUUUUUAAGUGGAGGAGAUUUGAGAUAGGGGAAUUGAGUUGAAACUGAUGCGUUUUUUUUUCUUUCUUUUCACUAAUGUGUAAAGUUGUAUAUAGAAGAGUCAAUCAAAUGCAUGAUGGAUGUUCAUGCUGAGUCCUUUUGUUGUUGUUGUUGCUGCUGUUCAUCAAAUCUCAAAGAGAUGUCUCUGUAAUUAAGGUGACUAAUGAUGUUUUAGACAAUCUAAUCCGAGGAAAUAAAGAAGAGAACUUUCUCAAUUUUGUUUCUGUUUGUUCAUGUUUUCUUUACUUCUAUACCCUCGCACUCUCAAUAUUAACAUAUUUGGGGGGUCACUUUCAUAAUUUUGCAUAAAAUGAGGGUGUAGGAGGGACUAGAAAAUAUGGCCACAAAGGGAUGGAGGGUUGGUGGCCAUUUUUUUCUACUGCAAAUGGGAUGAUGAUGGUUUUUGAGAGUUCAAAAGAUGGUAACUGGGAAUAAAAUAUGAGCCGCAGAUUUGGAACCAUUUCCCAAUACCUUGAAUGUGAAACUUGUCUUUUAGUUUGAGUUUAGACAGCAGUGUGAUAAACCAAGAAUCCGACAUGUUGUAAUGCUUCAUCGCUUUCUUUUCCUUCUUUUUUCUGCUGUUGUUCGUCUUAUUCUUGAUGGAUAGUCUCAAUCUCACAGCUAACAUGUUAAAAUUUCUAUGAAAUUUGUCGUUUCAUUUUCAGAAGACCAAAUUCUAUUUCCUCGUCGAACGAAAUCUUUAAACAUUCUUGCUCCUAUGCUUACAUUUAUCUAUAUUAGUCAAAAUGUUAACGGGGCUGAAGUUUAGUCCUUGGACCAAGUUUGGACAUAUUCGAUCCUUGAACUUUAGGAACCUCUAAUAGACUUGGGAACCAAAUAGGCUUUAGGUUUUUCUUGGGCUUCCUUAGAGAGGACAAUAUCUAUUAGCAGUUGACUUGAAUGAUUACAAAUGGUAUUAGAGCCGGACACUGACACUGAGUGUGAGUGGUAGGCAAGAGUCCUUGUUGGCCCCUAAGGGGUUAGAUUAUGAGAUUCCACCUUAGUUAGAAAGGAGAACGAAACAUUUUUUAUAAGGGUGUGAAAAUCUAUUUCUAACAAACUCGUUUUGGCCUUACUCUGACCAGUUCUUAUAUUGUUCGUUUUGAUCCGUUAUAUAUGUUUAAAACAUCUUUACUAUGAAGAGGGUCUAGCCCUACUCCGAUUAGUACUUCGUCACCGUUCUUUGUCCCUAUUGCAUCCCAUGAAAUAAAAUAAAAUUGGAAGUAAAUAGGCGGAUAAAGAUAAGGUGGGAAUAGCCGCCGCCGAGAUGCUAAAAGUCUGAGUUGAUUGAAACGUGGAAAAGCAAGCGUGUGGAUUUAGCAUCUGAAGUCUCCUCCUCGUCUCAGACUGUGGGCGCUCCUUCCUCGCCCUCAGCUUUCCUCCCUUUGUUCUUCUACGCCUUUCUGAGCCAUUUGUUUAGUACAAUUAGUGGAAUUGGAUGAGAACUCGCAGCCGUCAACAGACACUUCCCCAAUGGGUAACAAAACCAGAGAGUCACCAAAACUGGAAAACCAUUAGCGCCCAUCAAUACAAAAACAAAACCCACCCUCGUUUCCUUCCCCAUUACGACACAACUUUCUUUCUCUUCUUCGCAAUCCAAUCAUCGGCCAUGCGUAUGAGCUGCAACGGAUGCCGAGUUCUUCGCAAAGGCUGCAGUGAGAGCUGCUCCAUCAGACCCUGUCUUCAAUGGAUCAAAACCCCUCAAUCCCAAGCCAACGCUACUUUCUUCCUCGCCAAAUUCUACGGCCGAGCUGGCCUCCUUAACCUCAUCAAUGCCGGCCCCGACCAUCUCCGCCCUGCUAUUUUUAAAUCUUUGCUGUUCGAGGCGUGUGGCCGGAUUGUCAAUCCGAUCUUCGGGUCGGCCGGAUUGUUGUGGUCCGGGAGUUGGCAGCUGUGUCAGGACGCCGUGGAAGCCGUUCUAAAUGGCGCACCGAUUCCGCCGGUUUCUUACGAGAUGGCGACGUCCCACAUGGGCCCACCUUUGAAAGGCUGCGACAUCCGCCAUGUGUCCAAACAGCAAGACUCCGGUCUCAGUGAGAUAAAGAAGCGGCGGAGGUUCAAGCGCAAGCCGAAGCCGAAGGAGGAACCGGUUAUGUUACCCGAGUUCGUAGUGGAUGGACCGACCCGGAUUUCAUCGGAGCCCCGGUGUUUCAAGUUUGAGUUGGACAAUCUAGCGGGCCAUGUGUCGCCGGAGAAGGUCUGCGGCAGCGAACAUACCGAGUGCUUGUCGGUGGAGACCGCGGAGGCUUCUUCGGUGGGCCAGGGUGGUGGCGUGGAGUUGGAACUUACCUUGGGGUUUGGGCACGGUCGGAUGCUGACGUGUAAAGAGAGAUAGAUGAUUUUGCUCUCGAGAAUUUUGAAAUAUUGUACAAAAGCAAAUUUGUAUUACUAAAAAAUCACAAAUAUAUUGAAUCACAGAUUAAAUUAUACACAA